AUGAAUGAAUUUGGAAUUUCAAUUGAAUCAGAAUGUUAUGAUAAUAUACCAAAUGCUAAAGAUGUUGUUAAAGGAUUAAUUAUUGAAUCUGAAUGUUAUAUUCAUGAGUCAUUAAAAGAUGAAGAAACAUAUACAUUUACUACAAGAAGAUGUGGUUCAUGUUUAGGGUUAAGUGGACCAUCAAUGAAACCACAUCAAUGUAUGAUUUCUGGUUUUUUUAAAAUAGACAAUGCUACAGAUGAUCCAUUUAUAAUAGAUUAUUUUAAAAGAACAGUUUUAGUAAAAGAAAAUAUGUUUGAACAAGUUACAGGACAAAUUGUUGAUGAAUUUACAUUUAUUACUGAAGUUUCUGUACAACAACAAUCAUGUAGAUUUAAUACAAUUCCACAAUUAAUUACUAAUGAAAGUAAAAAUGAAAGUGUAGCAAUACACAUCUUUGAUACUAAUAUUAUUUCUAAAUAUCUUAGAAUAAAUAAUACAUUAUAUAAAAUGAAUGAUGGACAUUAUGAAAUUCCUUAUUCUUAUAUUGGAAAAGAUUUAUACAUUGAUGUCAUUCUUAUUAGUAAUGUUGUUAUUCCAUUUAAUAUUCAUUCAUUAAAAUUAAAUACUUUAUAUUCUUCUUCAUUAAUUAUUCCUUUAGAAUAUACUAAAAAUCAAUGUUUUUAUUCACCUAAUACAGUUAUUCUUGAUACAACUAUUGAUAGUGGUGUUAAAUUUGACUGGAAUGCUUUAUCUUUUAAUUCAUCAGAAACUUUAAUAUUUGUUGAUGAAAAUGAAAAUGGAUGGAAUGUAAUAAGUACUGAUCAAAAUACAAUUGUAAUAAUAUAUUAUGAUACUCCUCAUUUAUUUGGAGAAAUGUAUAGUGAAUUUAAUAUUACAUUAACAUUUGAAAAUAAUAAUAUUAUUACAUUAAAUGAUGUUUCAUUUGUUCUUAUAAAUGAUUUCUUAAACAAUAACUUAACAACAUUUAAUUCAUCAAUUUCUAAUUUAUGUAGUAAAUUAAAUAGUAAAACAUAUUAUUCAUCAAAUCAAUUAAGUAUAAGAACAUAUAUUCCAAUAAAUAAAUGUACAGGUUAUUUUAAUGGAAUUAUUUUAAAUUUUACAACAAUUAAUACUGAAUCAUUUCUUAUUACUUCUUCUUAUUUAAUAGAACGUGAAUUAUAUUCUACUGCAAAAUAUUGUGAUAUAAAUGCAUUUAGUUGUAAUAAAACACAAUGUUCAGGAACAAAUUCUACAAUAAUAGGAGUUAAUAAUAUUCAUUGGAUUGCUGGGUGUGAACCAGUUUGUGAUAGUUGUGCUAUUGGGUAUAGUUGUAAUACUGAUGGUAUUUGUGUUGUUACACCAAAUCAUAAUACAAGAAGUAAAGGAGUAUCAAUAAAGAUUAUUAUCACGUUGCUAGUCAUUUUAAUUAUACUUCUUUAA